AUGACGAUGGCAGCACAAGACGUUGAUGGCGAGAUGCCUCAGCUUCUCUUUUGGGCACCACAAGAGAUUGUUAUCGUCACAGUUGGGAACAAAGCUCAGAAGAAGGAGUUCAAGGUCUACAAGGAACUUCUGGCGCAGGAUUCUAGCGUUUUCAGAGACGCCCUAAACGAAUCAGAAAAUGACGUCGAGGUCCAGGAGAUUGAUCUCGGAACAGAGUUCAAAAGCUGGCAUUUUGGUGUCUACGUAGAUACCUUGUAUCGCUCCUACUUCGUCAACGAUUUCAAGCUGCGCAAACAGCACUUACGAAAGUGGGAGCCCCUGGUCGGCACGCUCACAUUAUGGAAGAUCGCGAACAGAUUCGACAAUUCCAAAAUCACCUCCAUCGCUUCUGAGUCUAUCAGAUUUCAACUAUCCAAUUACAGCACUGCUUGGUGGAAGAGAAUGUGGGGGAAAAAGACAGCUGCGGAGAUGUUGGCGACUUUGAAGUCAUUCGAGAAGGCGGCUCUGAAAUGUGAGGUGGAGCAGCUACCAUUUCAGGACGAGAUCAUUCAGGCAUGCGGUAACAUGCCGCCUCAGAUCUAUGAGAAACACGCAGACAAGCUCCUGCCAGAGUUUGCGAUGGAGCUCUCGAAGAAAAUCACAAUGCGGUUCGCUGACCCAGAUCUACAAGAAUCUAUCAAGCGUUCAAGUUCGAUGACACCCACAGAAGAUGGUAACUUGUCUCUGGGUGAUGAUACAGUGAUACACCUGGACUGA